AUGAGUUUUCUGCCCAAUGUGUUGCGUUUUGCCACAGGUCUGUGGUACCUGACGGUGAGCGACUUGGGCGGCGGUGGAGGAGUCGCAGGCGCGACUGCUGCUGCUAUGAUGAUGGGUGUCGCCGCAGCUAUCUCCAGGCAGAUGCGGUGCGUGUGCGCGCUUUGCCUGCCUGGCGCGUGUGGGAGGGCGGGCCUGGACGUCCUGCGCGUGGCGCUGCUGUGCUGGGCCGUGGAGGGUCCGCUGCAGGGGAUGGCCUACUCGGCGGGAGAGCUGGCGCGCACCUUCUCCUGCUCGGCCGCGCUCACCUACAACCUGACCAGCACGCGCGUCCACCUCAUGGUGGCGCCCUUCCAGCAGGCGCUCCUCUCCACCAAGGUGGACACUAACGAUGCGCGGCGCGCCCUGGGAUCUGUGCGGGGCGUCGUGGAGCCACUGCGCGCAGAGCUGGAGGGCGGCGUCGUUCCUCUGGAGCACAACGACUACCUGGACGAGCUGCAGAAGAGACCGAAGCGAUCCGCGGAUACGGGGGAGAGCCCAGACGGCGCUGGCACCAGCGUCGAGGCCAAGUACGCGGAGCGGCUGGCGGGGCGCUGCCGGCAGCAGCUGGAGCGCGGCGCUGACCGCUGCCGCGGCAUGUUCCAGGGCGCCUACGACCGCUGCUACCGCACCGUCUCCUGGAUCGCCGCCUGGCUGCUCUGCUGGCCCAUGAAGCUCACCUUCUUCUGCAACAUCGCGCAGGCGCUGGGCGGAGACAGGUGCGCCGAGGCGGGCUCGGUGGUGCCUGCCGGCCUGGGAGACGGCUACAGGGCUCUGCAGCGGUCGGGCAGCGCACUCACCUCGGGCGCCGGGGACGUCAAGGUCACCUACAGCGUGCGGGCCAUCCCUGAAGAGGACGCGGCGCAGGAGGCGCGCAGGAGCCGCUCCUUCCUGCAGCAGCUGACGCACGCCGCGCGCCUCGUCGCCCGGCUGCUGCUGCUGCGCGUCCUCACCAGUGCACAGAACUACCAUGAGCGCUACUUGGCGGACGUGCGCUGGGACAACUGGCGGGUGACAGCCUACUUCCGAUUGGUGGACGCACGCCGGCGCGCCAAGGGGCGCCAGCCGCUGCUGCCUCUGCGGCCCGUGGAGAAGACACGCAUGCACCCUCGCUCCAGUCCACAGCUUGUACGCCGGACAUUCAUGCUACUGCUUGAAGUGCUGGCCAUGAGUGUGCUGGUUCUGAUGGACAGGCUAAUGUACGAGAUCCUGUCUCUCAUCAGCAGGCAUGCACUUAUCCACUACACACAGACAGGGUCUCAUGACAUGAGCAUUGAAGUAAAAGGAACUGGCCUAAUUGCCAAGAUAGUGAGAUCUAUAGUAAAAGGUUUUAAUAUCAAGAAAAGAGUUAAAUAUUUUACUAGCAAUGAAGCCUGUCUUCCUGUUCCAAAGAAGCCAAAUAUUUAUAUUAUAUGCAAGAUAUAUGGCACUUAUUUUGCUAUGUGGGUGAUUAUUCUAGUCAGUUCAUACAUCAACCGAUUCCAGAGUGUAAUCUGUGCAUAUUUUUAUCCCAAGCAAGAGAAGAGGAGAAUUUUGUUCCUUUACAAUGAAACACUGAAAACUAGAGCUGGCAUUCUGCAACACAUGAAAGCUACCAUUAAACAUCAAGCAAGAAUAAAACAAAUGGAGGUCUCACAGUGUAAUAUACUCACAGUGAUGCGCAUUCGAUAUCCGAAGUACUGUUCAUGGCUUCAGAUCUUCCCUGCAGCUCGAAGGCGCUGCAUGAUAUGUCAACAGAAAGAGUCUAGACCUAGGAAAGGGCCUUCCUUUAUUUACUGUACAACACCAAACUGCUACACUGUACAUUGCCCAGACUGCUGGAAUGAUGUGGGAAAAGUUUGUUUUGCUUGUUACUAUCUAAGUGGCUCUGCUUCCAGUUCAAACAGUGAUGAUGAUACUCAUGUUCAUGGAAAUGCUGAAAUGGACUCUGAUGACUGA